AAUUACAACGACAACCGGACAAACACGCCCCUCGCAACAGUUCUCGGUCUCACAUGAAAGGUCCCAGUAACAAAAAUAUUUCACUUCACGAGCUCUUGGAGCGGCACAGUGGGAAAGUCUACCCACCACCACCUAGGGACACUACUAGCAGACUGCCGGAGUUCGUACCUGAUGGACCUCGUCCUUUCAUUCCAGAUCCCAGUUUUAUGCCAAGUGAUACAAACAUCGAAGUUCACCAAGGUGAUUUAGCAAUCCUUCCCUGCACCGUGCAGAACCUGGGUACUAGACAG